AUGGCAGUUUGCACGGUAUACACUACUCAGUCCCUCAAUUCAACAUGCUCAAUCUCCACACCAGCAAAAACCCACUUGGGAUUUAACCAAAAGCAUGUAGUGUUCUACAGCAGUAGCAAGAAAACAAGCAGGAGAGCUAGCAGUGCUGUGAUAACCUGCUCAGCGGACACACAGACUGUUGUGAUUGGUCUAGCAGCUGACUCUGGGUGUGGUAAGAGUACCUUCAUGAGGAGGUUAACAAGUGUUUUUGGCGGUGCAGCAGAGCCACCGAAAGGUGGCAAUCCUGACUCAAACACACUCAUAAGUGACACAACAACGGUGAUAUGUUUAGAUGAUUACCACUCACUAGAUAGGACUGGAAGGAAAGAAAAGGGUGUCACAGCACUUGACCCAAGAGCCAACGACUUUGAUCUCAUGUAUGAGCAAGUUAAGGCUAUUAAAGAUGGGAUUGCUGUUGAGAAACCUAUUUACAAUCAUGUUACUGGUCUCUUGGAUCCUCCUGAGCUUAUUAAGCCUCCUAAGAUUCUUGUAAUUGAAGGUUUGCAUCCAAUGUAUGACGAACGUGUGAGGGACCUUUUAGACUUCAGCAUCUACUUGGACAUUAGCAAUGAGGUUAAAUUUGCAUGGAAAAUUCAGAGGGAUAUGGCUGAGCGAGGGCACAGUCUUGAGAGCAUUAAAGCUAGCAUUGAAGCACGCAAGCCAGAUUUUGAUGCUUAUAUUGAUCCACAAAAGCAAUAUGCUGAUGCGGUCAUCGAAGUCCUGCCAACCCAACUCAUUCCAGACGACGAGGGGAAGGUUUUAAGAGUCAAGUUGAUAAUGAAAGAAGGGGUGGAGUUCUUCAGCCCUGUUUACUUGUUUGACGAAGGCUCUACUAUUUCAUGGAUACCAUGUGGUAGGAAGCUCACCUGCUCUUACCCCGGCAUCAAAUUCUUUUAUGGCCCCGACACUUAUUUCGGCCAUGAGGUGUCUGUACUGGAAAUGGAUGGGCAAUUUGACAGAUUAGAUGAGCUCAUCUACGUCGAAAGCCAUCUAAGCAACAUCUCCACCAAGUUCUAUGGAGAAGUCACCCAACAAAUGUUGAAGCAUGCCGAUUUCCCUGGCAGCAACAAUGGAACAGGUCUCUUCCAAACAAUUGUCGGAUUAAAAAUAAGAGACCUCUUCGAGCAAAUUAUUACCAGCAGGGCCAAAACCCCGGUAGAAGCCACAAAAGCCUAA